UCUGGCAGGGAAAGAGUCAUCAGCUUUCUGUUUCUGCUGUUGGGCAUCGCUGACAUCUGCAAGCCGGGAUAGGCCCUUUGAGGAGGACAGGUGAAGGAGAGUUUUCAUUCUUCUGUCAGAGGAGCCUAGCGUAAAAGGAGUACAGAAGACUGACCGGGGAGUUGUGUUCAAGUAUAACUGGAAGCACAGCGACGUGUUUGGCAGUUCCUUCUUCUGUGCAAAUUUAGCUCGAGGAGAAUAGGUUAGGGGAGGUUGUUGCUUCUCCGAUUUGGGUCUGCACAGACUCUGCAGUCAUGUAGUUUAUAUCUUACCAGCAAGAGCUGCUGCUCUAGUCAUCGUCACCAUCUGCGGACUGUUUACCUCACACCUACAGGUCAAGUACUUACUGUCAGCAAAAGCUGCUGCUGUUGCUGACAUCUAUCCUAGAUUGUGUCUUGGAGGUGCCUUGCAGGUGUUCUUCUAGCCUUUGGUAUAGUUGUGUGUGCAGUGUGUUAGCUGGAUCUUGCAAGAGAGGAGGAGGAGGAAAAGGAGGUGAGUGGCUGAUCUCUUUGGGACUGCGACAAUCAUACUUUGGUCCUAUCUUUGAGCCACGAUGGCAGGAGGACCGGCUGCUACAGAAGGCACAGGUGGGCCUGCUGUUGGUGGGCAGACAAUGGGACCUGUCUCAACACCGCCAACAACAGGAGGGAGUGGGAGGCGACGUGGUCGACCAAGUGGUACAUCUGCACAACCAGCAUCGACAAAUGUGGUCAAAAGUGCUGAGGUCGCUCCGGCUCCACGACGGAAGAAGCGCAAGGUGCCCGAGAAGGAAAUCCCGACACAAGUUGCUGCGUUCAUACCGGAAUCGAUGAUUUACAACCAGCUUCUGGAGUUUGAAAAGCGAGUGGACUCGACGUUGGCACGGAAGAAGCUGGACAUACAGGAGGGGCUGAAAAAUCCAGCACGAACGCCCCGCACAUUGCGGAUGUACAUUUUCAACACACACACGAGCCAGCUGCAUGGGCGAGGAGGUGGCGAGGGAAAGGAGGAUGGCAACAAGAAUCUUAUGAAGGCUGCAACUGGUGGUGAGAAGAGGAUGGGUGAGGAUACGAAGGGUGGGCAGGGAGAGCCGGAUGGGCCUCCAUCGUGGACACUACGUAUUGUCGGCAGGCUUCUUGAAGAUGAGUCUCAGGCAGAGGAUGGGGCCAAUGGAGCUGGCCCUGCUGCAGGAGGUGUGGGGGCUGCAAAUCCUAUGGCAGGUGGCAACAACAGCAACAACACUGCCAAGUUCUCAACCUUUUUCCGCCGGAUCACAGUGGAGCUGGACCAUGAGCUGUACCCUGAUAAUCAUACUGUGGUCUGGGACAGCGAUCGGGCAGUAAGCCCUGUGGAAGGGUUUGAGAUCAAGAGGCGAGGGGACAAAGAAUUUGUUGCAAAGCUCAAGUUUGAGCUGAAUUACGUCCCAGAGCGGCACAAAGUCUCUCCGGAGCUUGGUGAGAUUCUGGGAGUCCAUAUCGAGACCCGUGCACGGAUCCUCUCGGCACUAUGGCAGUAUAUUAAGUCGCAGUCUUUGCAAGAUCCCUCAGACCCCACCUUCAUCAUUUGCGAUGCCCGCCUCAAAGCACUUUUCAAUGGUGAGGAACGAGUUCGCUUUUCGAGUGUGGCAAGACUCCAACUCCAUCUGUCUCCAGCUCCACCAAUCCUUCUAGAACAUACGAUCAGGCUGGGAGAUAGGAGCCCUGCAGGAGGUGAUGCUUGUUAUGACAUCUCAGUCGAUGCUCCAAGUGGUCUUAUGGCGGAGAUGGCGGACUUCAUGGCAUCAAUGGAGAAGGCAAAAGAGAUAGAGGAAUGUGAUGAGGCAAUAGGGAAUGCUAUCCGGAAAAUCAAUGAUCAUCGGCGGCGGAGGGCAUUUUUCCUGGGAUUCAGCAAAUCUCCUGUCGAUUUUGUCAAUGCACUUGUUGCAUGCCAAAGCAGAGACCUUCGUGUGGCCGCUGGAGAUGCAGGAAGAAAUGCCGAACGAGAGCGUCGCUCGCACUUUUACAACCAGCCAUGGGUCGAGGAUGCUGUUAUGCGUUACCUCAAUCGGCGGCUGACAUCUGGAGCGGACCCUGUCACCAAGGACGAUAGAGGGUAGUCAGCCAUGCAGCAGGGAAGCACCCAUAGCCAUGGCCUUCGGGCUAGCUUUCAAGUUCCCAUGGUGUUAAGAGGUUCAUGGGUCUCCUGGGAUUUGCGAAAGUGUUUGUUUGCCUUUACCUUUCCCGUGUAUGGUUGGUGUUCAAUUUCUUGGUACGCGCUUUCCUUGGCUGAUGCCAAGUUGACUGUUUGAUCCUUGGAACCAAUGUGUGCAAACUGCAAACUCUGCCUUUUUGUAUAGUUUGAUGCCAGCCAUGCAUGAUGGCAUGUCUUUGCCAGAGUGUUCAAGCGCACUUUUCUGGCUGGCAAAAUUUGCUUGGAGGAAGGGAGAGAAAGGGAAGCUUUCUUCUUUUUUUCUUUCUCAGGCUGUGAAUGUGAUUGCCAACAGACG